GUCCUGUGCAUGUUAUGCAGCGACUAGCAACAGUCAAUGAUCUACGGGCCAGGGAAUGUUACAUUUGUCGUGAAGAGGAGGUGUAUGACGAACCCGCUAAACCCCCGAAAUGCUGGGUACACCCGUGCAAAUGCACACUAAUUGCACAUGAGGAGUGUCUACUCGAAUGGAUCCGCGCAGCUGAGAACAACCCGGACAAGCCGUCGUCCGGCAUUCUCAAGUGUCCCCAAUGUGGCGCGCAGUAUACGCUUGAGAGUAAUAAUCCACUAAUUUUGAGGAUUAUGGACGUUGGAAGAGAACUUAUGCUGAAAUGUGGUAAGGUCGUAACGAUAGUAUCGUUAGGAGUGGGCGUCAUUUCCGUUGGAACUGGUAUAUAUAUUCUGAGUGCAGGUUAUGGUGCAUAUGCAGUUCGACAGUUUCUCGGACCAGAAAUGUACAACCUCGUCCUUGGAGAAGAUAUCGACAAUUGGCCAGUUCCUGCGUUCCUCACUCUACCGCUCAUCCCUCUAAGUCUCGUUCUGAGCCGCACAAAACGAUUUAGAGACACUCUUCCUCUCGUCACCCUUAUGUCGCUUUGGCCAACCGUUCCACGAAUAAAUGGUAUUCCUCCAGGUCAAGGAUUCCUUUCAUUCUUAGGCCUUGGGUCCAGAACCCCUUGGAUACUUCCGCGAAUCAAGGAGCCGGCGAGCGUGCAAAGAAUCUCAGCCGACUUGUUCAAAGAUCUACUCUUCAGCUGGCCGCCUUCACCCUUCAUGUUCAACAUUGGCCUAAGCAUUGUUCGCUCUGUAUAUGGCCGAUCUAUGGACCGUCUCCGUCGGUUUGUUCUCGGAGAUGCUUUGAAGGCUGAACUAGAACAGGCUCGACGAACUACAUUGCUUGAUGACUUCCAAAUGGAGGUGCGCAUAGAAGAGGAGGAAGAGGUCGAAGAACACGAUAAUGAAGGGAAUGACGCUCCACAAGAAGCGCAAGAACGGCGUGCUGAACCCGUUCCGGUGGAGAACCAAGCAGAACAGCUACGCGAUGAUAACAACGUCAGACUUGUUCUUGAAAACGCAGAGGAGGGACCAGUUCCGGUUGACGGCCGACCUGGGGAGGCGGCAAAUAUCCCUGUAGAACACCGACCGGAGGUUGCUAAUCCCGAGCAACAGGAGCAACAGCAACAACAGCAACAGUUUGUUGUUCUCAACCCCGUGCGUCCUGCGGAGCAAGUGCUGGCAGGACGCGCACGGCAGGCGGAUCCUCAGCAAAAUCGCAAUCAGGAGCGAGGUGCAAAUGCCGAAGCUCGACUUCGCCUCCAGCUGACGGGUGCAUUUAUCGGAAAUUUGAUCGGUGGCGCCCUUAUCAUCCCGCCUCUCGCGAACCUCACUGGAUCCCUGCUCCUGCGAUUGGCUCUCCCGCGCGGCCCUCGGGCGCACGAGAGAUUGAACUUUAAGGGCUAUUCUCCGUAUCACCCGCGCCGCUUACUGUGUCAGUUUCUCGGUGUCCGUCCUCCAGGCUCUGCACCGUAUCAUCCGGUUGCAGGAAUGUACGCGUUCCGAGAGGAUAUGUCCACGGGAGAGCUAGUGCGUUCGAUGUUCAUGCUUUCCUGUCGGGCUCUCGUGAUCGGUACUCCAGCUUGGACUGAUUCCGACCCCGUCUGGUGGCGGAACUCCAUUGGCCUUGGCAUCUUCUUCGUCACGAAGGACUUGAUCACCAUCUGGUACCAAUACCUCUCUAAUCGCGAGAUCCUAUCACGGCAAGUAAAAGACCGGCCCUUCGAUGGCAUCAGCCCGAACGAACUUGAUCUCAAGCCUGAAUUGCGUGGUACUUUCCAAGAUCCUCACAGACUUGUUUAGACGAGCUUCGGCCCUCUUUCCGCACCGCAUCAUUAUCUAACGUCGACACGUCUAAUUGCUCAGAUCAUAUUAUAGACCAUGAUGAUACACACUACUUCCCUACCAAUUCAUGCAGUAUGCCUUAACUUGACGCAUUUGGCUAGUAUAUGGAUUGGUCCAAUCUGACAAUUGGGUAUCUUUGAAAACAUGGGUAUAAUUUAUACAUCAAAAAGACCGAGGUGGUACUUCUCCCCUAUACACUUUCAUCACUGGUGUCGAUAAAUGCCGAUCAUAUCCAUCUAACCCAGCAAAAGCGCAAAACCCCAGAACACCCUUCAAAUAGUCGAUCCUUCUCACGGGUUCGGUUACCGUGUUGAGUCCGAACAAUGCACAUCGCUCUAAGCGAGCUUUCUCAGCCAGUCUAUUGUGAUGCUCGGAGAAUGACUCGUCUUCUUCGUCUGGCUCUUCGUGUAGUUGGUCGUAGAUUCCACCAACGACGUCUUCGGCGGUUACGGCGUAGCCGUCUGGCCCACUCGGUGGACCUUGGUGUACUAUGUCGAACGCCCAGUAGCGUGGUACAGAGGGAUGAUAUCGAAAGAGUAUGCACAGUCGCUCGACGCGUGGCAUGACUGCGGUCGUACGUGGUCCGUAGUAUGAAAAGUGAUAGGGGAAACGCGGUGCGCGGAAUCUGUUAUUGCGAUCGCGAGGAUCGUAUCGCAUGUCCCAUAGCUGGAGUGGUUUGUCUGGUGGCUGCGCAAAGUAUGUUGCAAAGUCGAGAUCUUUGUGUACUCGAGGCUUUGAAGUAGUCAUGCUCGACUGAGAGGUAUUCGCGUUCGAGUUUAAUCGAUGAGAGAUGAAGUGGGUAGGUUCGAGGGGUUGAGGUGAAUGAGUUGUUUUAGAAGACAGAAGCGGAGUAAAGUAGUUGCAGCGCGGCUUUACGCAACUGACUAGACCUGCUUCCCGCUCGAGUGAGAGAGUCGUCUGCCGUAGGCUUUAUAUAUUGGAGAAGAGUAGAUGAUGUUAUCCUCUGGGCCAGAGAUUCUGCGAGAUGCGUGUAAGGUACUCCGCUUCAUGGAAGACCCAGUGACGAGCGGGAGGGAUGGUUGCUUUCACGGCCCCUACAUAGCACAUGCUUAAGUACUUAUUGGCCUGAGCGCCUGUGCUCGAUAGGCAUGCUUCACAUAGAAGUAUCAUAAUCCUUGAGAUCUUUAAGAUAGUCGGUGGCACGGCCAG